AUGGUUUUCCAAAUCUUCGCCAAGCCGCGAGCAAAACCUUGCAGAAAAGAUGAACCCACCGAGUCCAAGUCAAGAACUGAAUUCAUCGUGAAGGUGUUGUCUGGCAAAUGGGCCGGCCCACACCAAGUAGAGCUCCUCAGCCGGCAGCGAGUACCAGAAAGUCAACGCCCAGAUGGCCAGAGCACCGCUGCACAGGAGCUGGAGCAGCUUCAAGGAGAAUGGGAGGUGAUUCAGUGCCCGCAGAAGGGAGAAAGAGAGGAUGGCUACAGCAGACCUCACGUCAAGAUAUAUGUUCGAGGCAAGCGAGUCGAGGAGCACACGGCUGACACUCGAAUGUUUUUCAACCUGGUGCUUGCUGACAAGGCUCUCGGACCAGAAGCUGGCGUUGGUGGAGUCCGCCUUGGGAAGGGAAAGGCCGCUCUGCCGAAGCGUCAUGAACUUCCGCCCCGCUCCGGUCCCAAAUGGUUGCCAGAGGGCGUUGACACAGGCAUGAAGUUGGCGAAGGGCAAGGCCGGCAAGCUUGGCACGGCCAAGGGCAAGGGCGGCAAGGGCGGCAAGGGCGGCAAGGGCAGCAAGGGGCAGAGGGGGAAAGCCAGCCCUGCCGCCGGCCACUGGAUUCUGUUGCAUCAUACCCCCAAGCUUCUUGUGCACUCUGGCGUCGCUGCCGUCUCCCAGCCCAUAUGGUGGCAUCCUUCUGAAUGUUCAGUUUGGGCCAGAGGUGGCCCUGCUUUGGAGACAUGCAGAAUACGGUAUUCUGACAACCACACUGAGGAACUGCUGCGGCAUUCUGAUGACCCCACAGGCAUUUGGCGCACCAAAAAAGGUGUUCAAGUGCAGUUGCAGCUUUGCCCAAGGGCUUGA